AUGCUAUUAAAAAGUGCUCGUCCAAAUAUUAACCGAAAUGAAUCUAUGAAGUAUAUCGAAGCGGUUCGAAAAAAUGAUCUUGGUACUGUCGAAAAAUAUAUUCAGUCUCAUGGCGAUUUAAAUUACCCUGUAACACCGCAAGGUGCCAUACAUUGUGCGGUGUAUUAUGAAUAUAUAGAUAUGUUGAAAUUACUACUCAAAGCAGGGAUUAAUGUCAAUCAAGCGGAUGAAGAUGGUGAUACAGCAUUGCACUAUGCCAUUGGUCAAACAAAGAAUAUCGAGUGUAUCAAAUUGCUAUUACAGUAUGGUGCGUGUCCGUUUCUUAUGCAUUAUUCGCGAGCAAAACUUACUCCGCUCGAUUUGGCCAAACGAGUGAAUCAGAACGAAAUUAUCGAAAUCUUAAACGAGAGUAUUGACCUUACGAAACGCUUAUGUAAAGCAGCUGAAGGCGGAAAUGUUGAACUUGUUGAAAAUUUAUUAGCAACAACAAAUGCCAAUCCGAAUGGUAUGUCUGAAGAAUUUGUCAAUUCUCUACAUGAAGCAUGUCUUGCUGGUCAUUUGCCCAUAGUAAAACUAUUGCUUCAAUCGAACGUGAACAUCAACGGUAAAACAGCAUCGGAAUCGACACGAUACAAUACGCCAUUGCAUUGUGCUGCUGUAAAAGGACAUCUCGACGUUGCGCAAUACUUAGUUGAAAAUGGAGCAGAAAAGGACGCUGCUAAUUCGAAUAGACAUACUCCAUUGCUCUGUGCAGUUAUUAUGGAGAAAGUAAAUGUCGCGGAAUAUCUGAUUAAAGCUGGUUGUGAUAUACACAGUCGAGAUUCAGUAGGAAAAACAGCGCUCCAUUGGGCCGCAUUUUAUGGAUUGAAUAAUAUUAUUCUGUUAUUACUCGAACAUGGUGCAGACGUCAACGCAAUAGCUGAUCUUGGCUUACCUCCGCUACAUUGUGCUAUUCGGCAGCCAUUUCAAGCAGACACUAUCAAAUUAUUGAUCGAGAAGGGUGCGAAUGUCAAUAUUAGGAACGAAAUGAAUCUCACGAUUCUUGAUUAUGUUCACAAUCAUAGUCCAAACGAUACUGAACUUAUUCAACUAAUUACAUCACUUAGUCGAUAA